CACUCGCUCCGACGCUCCUCGCCCACGUCACUGCCUCUCUCUGCGCCGUCCGCUCACUCCGGCCUCUCCUUGCGCCGGCCUGUGUCCGUUUGGCUGCUCGCUGCUGCGGCACGCGUGCUGAGCGUCCGCGGCCAUGCGCCGCAGCACGACGGGCCGCCUGAGCGAGGGCGUGCGAGGCGGCACGGCCAGCGCUCAGGGUGCGGCCGGGGCACAGCAGCUCAACGGCACAAGUCGCAGCGCAGCAGCCCCGCGGCGCUCGGCUGCCAAGGCUGAGCAUGCCCAGCCACGGCCGCCAGACGCAGCGGCGGACGCAGGCAAGCCCGCUGCCGCAGCCGCACCGGAAGCUGCCUCUGCUCCGGCCACCUUCGAGCUGAUGGACGAGGAGCAGCGCAAGGUCGUCGGCGCCAUGGAGCUGCGUCCGGGUGCGCUGAGCCCGUCGGCGGAGGACAAGGAGAAGGGCGUCGUGUGGUUCGACAUCGACAAUACGCUCUACCCGGCCUCGACGCAGAUCGCCUCGAUGAUGGCCACGCGCAUCCGUGCCUACUUCCUGACGCUCGGGCUCGACGAGGCCGAGGCGGAGAAGCUGCACCAGCACUACUACAAGUCGUACGGCCUCGCGAUCCGCGGCCUCGUCAAGCACCACCGCAUCGACCCGCUCGACUACGACCGGCGGUGUGAUGCCUCUUUGCCGCUCGACCAGGUGCUGCGGCCCGACAGCGAGACUAUUGCAUUACUGCGCGACAUCGACCGCUCCAAGUACCGCGUGUGGGCGCUGACGAACGCCUAUAAGACGCAUGCGCUGCGCGUGCUCACGCUGCUCAACAUCCUGCCGAUGUUCGAGGGCCUCGUCUUCUGCGACUACAGCAACGCCGACUUUGCCUGCAAGCCCGAGCCGCGCUUCUACCACGCCGCCUGCUCCUACGUGGGCACGUCGCCCGAGCGCUGCUGGUUCGUCGACGACUCGGCGCUCAACAUUCAGAGCGCCAAGCGCCUCGGCUGGGCCAACUCGGUGCUCUACCGCGAGGAGGAGGCAGUCGAUGCCGUCAAUGCGCCGCCAACCAACGGCGAGUUCGUGCCGCGCGAGCUGCGUGCCUUCAAUGCGCCAGCGAAGCUCGAGAGCCUGGCUCUGUCGAAUGGCAACGCCGAGCACGAUGCAGAAGGCGUCAGCCAGCAGCUGCGCGCCCUGGCACCCGCUGCACGGGUGCGCCUCCUGAGUCUCCUGCUCGACAGCGCCUCGUCGCCGUCAGAGCUGAGCGUCAUGGCGCGUGCGGUCGAGCGGCAUAUGCGGCUGCGCCACGACUUUGUCUCUGCGAUCGGCAGCAGCAUCACGCUGGCCAUCUUCUCGCGCCUCUCCGUCAGCGAGUUGCUGCGCUGCCGGCAAGUGUCGAAGAAGUGGCGUGAGCUCGCUGCCGAGCCGGAGCUGUGGCGCUCUCAUGCCCUAGCGCUGACGGAGAGCGACCCGUCGCCCCUCGUUGCCCCUACUACGCCCGAGGGCUGGGAGCCGCUCGUGCGCGGCCUCUACUUCCGCGAGCGCAACUGGGCACGCGGCGUCUCGCAGCGCAUCGUGCAGAUGCCGGGGCACACCGGCUUCGUCACGGCCAUGAAGCUCAAGGGCCGCACGCUCAUCACGGGCAGCUACGACGAGAGCAUCCGGAUAUGGGACCUGCCGACGGUGCGCUGCACAAAGGUCAUCAAGGCGAAGGCCAUUGCCUGCCUGGACUUUCUGCCGAAGCAGGGCGUGUUGGCUGCGGGUCUGUACGACACCGGUCGAGUCAUGAUCUGGAGCCUGAAGACCUACGAGCUGCUGCACACCUUCACGGGCCACAACAAGGGCAUCCGCUCGCUGGCACUCAGUCCAAAGGGCGUGCUCGUGUCGGUGGGCCAGGACAAGGCCAUUAACGUCUGGGACUGGCGUACCGGCGAGAAACGCUGCCGCUGGGGCCAGCAGAGCAACGUAUCGCUGGGCGUGGCCAUCGUGAAUGACGACCAGGUCGUUGCGGUCACCGUCGACGCUGUCAUCCGCACGUUCUCGAUUAGACGCAAGGAGAUGAUCGGAGAGUACCACAUUAGCAAGCUAGCCGGCGGCGGCGCCAAGGCACGCGAGCUUGCUGGACUCGGAGGCGAUGCGAACAUGAUGCUCUGGUUUGCGGCGCAAAGGCGCACGCUGACCGUGGCGAGCAAGGACGCCAUCAUCCACCUCGAGUGGCAAGAGCAUGUCGUGCCCAUCGAGGACGAGCCUUCUCCGACCGCAUCGCGCGCUGGCACGCCGAUGCGAGGCGCGCCCGGUGCGUCCGCACUGCGCUCGCGUAAGGACGCCGCCGAGUCGCCUCUGCGCUCGCGGCGCGAGUCUUCACAGGGCAGCAUGAGCGCCGCUGCAAGCUCGCCAAGCUUGGCUGGACGUGCUCGACGGGAUUCGAUCGAGAGCAACGCGUCUGUUGCCAGCAACGCGACCGCGAUGACGAGCGCCACUUCAAGGCGUUCGCUCGGCGGCGCGCCAACGUCUGCUCGUUCGCCGCCAUCAGGAAGUCGCAGCGCCGCUCCGAUGCAUGCGCUCACGCGCUCGACAUCUCUCGCCACGCCAUCCAGGCCGCAGCCGGCAGCCGUCGCGGACCAAAGACGCGCCGCUAGAGCGAGCGGCAGCCCAGCACCGCCGCCGUGGCCCGCGCCUCGCAACUCGCCGCGCCUUUCGCUCACCACGUCGCCCCGCCUCUCCUCGUCGGCCUCGCUCUCCUUCCCGAGUCCGAGCCCGAGCAGCCCGUCUCUCUCGUCGCUUGCAUCAUGGCAGGCAGGCGUGCAGUCCGCCGCAUCGGACGAGCCACGAGCAACGCGCAUCGAGGCCAAUCUGGGCGCGCCGCCACAGCUGGUGGACAUCAUUCGUGGCAUCCCGGACGCGGCGACUGGCUGCGUGGACCCGGGCAAGCGGCGCCUCGUCAGCGCCAGUCGCUUCAGCAGCCGUGCGGGCGCCGAUCGGCGUCUCUAUGUCUCGACGCUGCAGACUGACGGGCCUGACGCGACCGCAAGGCGCAGCACGGUGCCCGUCGGAGGCGCCUGGCAGGCAGAGGCAGAGACGCUGGCGCAGCCUGCAAACAACCCUCUGUGCAUCGUGCACGAUGCCGACACGCUCGUCGUCGGCACGUCAUCCGGCCUGGUCUACUCGAUUGGCUUCGUCGGCGACGAGCACAGCCGCGGCUGGAUCGACACGGACGAAGGCGCCGACGACGAGAUGCUGCGGGGCACGAACGCUGCGCGGCAGGACGUCGUCAUCUCGGACCUGGUGCAGCUGCGUCAGGUGUGGAGCGAGCUCUUCCUGCCGGCAGACGCGCCGCCCGAUCAUCCCGGACGCUUCAAAGACGACAUGCAGUGCGAUCUGGUCGCUGCCAUGGGCCUCGCCUAGACACAAUGCAGCGGUACAAGCUCAUGAUGGUGACGCGUGUGCAUUGCUCAGCCAGUGAGCAUCGCCGUGAGACGCCCGCGGAUCUCGUCAGCGCCCGGCAGCUCCGACUCUGCCACGGCCGGAUGCCGCUCGCGAACGACUGCUGUGAACGCUUCGUAGCU